AUGAAUCUGUGGUGCCCGCGCCAGUAUUACUGCCCGACUCCCGACAAAUGUGUGAGCUCGUUUGGUGACGCAGGGGGCGGUUUUGAUCCUCUGCUAUGGGGACCGCAAUUCGUCGACGAUGCAGGGCGCCCACGAGUGCCUUUACCGACCAACACGUGGUGGCAGCCUUUCGUUUUCCCUCCAGGCAAGUCCGUCGAGAUCUGGGAGGCUGAGCUGUUCUCCAUGGAGGACAGGACUGCAGAUGUCAUCCAUUUGCCUGAAAUGAUGUUGUUGGUUGCGGUUCUUCAUUCAGGCAUUGGCGAACAGCAUGUAGUCAACAGCGCACCGUACCUCAUCACCAUCGUAACGAAACCGAAAGGUCGGACAGAUUUAGUCGGCGACAGAGCUGGUUUGCAAAUACGGGGGCCAUACACUGUUGUCGACAAUUCAAGCGACGGUGGAGUGUUCGGCUACAGACAAAGUAACGGCCCCAUUGGAUACGGCUUUUUCUUCGGCGUGCGACUCCGAGACUAUGGUGACUUCGUCAAGAAGCACUACGUCAGUGAUUACUCGCCACUCUCCGUGACCAAAGCCUGGGAGAUUGUGCAGUUCCCGGUCGUGUGUACGCAGACGAUCGAAGCCCACAUCGUCCGGGGGAGUCCGUGGCUUACAAUGGAGCUUCCGGCUGGACAUAAACUGCUUCUCGAGACGCUGGCGGCGGACUUGUUUAGCGGAAAAAAGAACGCGUUACAGAAGAUUGUCAAUCUCUCCGGCCUGCCGACGGACGGCAACCUUGCUUGCUCCUCUCUUCUACGAUCUGCAAUCCCUACCGAUGCUCUCGAGCUGCAUCUUUCCGACGGCACACUCUGGCUUCUCGUACUGGACCACAAAAUUCAGAUGACGUGCGAAUCUUCGACUACUCACGACCGGUUGAUGUCCUCAAGGAGGCUGGAUAGACCGAUCGUAGCGCGGCUGGCCCUUGCUUCAGUAUGCCGUCAUCCCCACGUGUGGGGAGAAGGCGGGUCUGGAGCGAUGGUCGGGGUCGACAAGACUUGCCCCCAUCAGGAAACCGAAAAGAAGAGUUCCUAUCGCUGGAGGCUCAUGUCUCUCGUAAACAAAGUUACAAAUCGCCGGCUGGACGAGGUGUCGGACUACGUAAAUCAAAGGCGGCAACUGGAGUUGCUAUCGACCGACGAACGUUGGGGUGGUUUUGAGCUACAGACAGUGGCGUGGAAGCCAGAGGCAAUGAUUCCCGCAUUGAGAAAUAUGACUGUCCCAGCCAAUGCAGUUGUAAUCCCUGAAGGGUUCUUCCGGGGCGACGGCAUCGGUGUAACAGGCGACCUAUACUACUGGCUUGCAGUCCAUUUCUUGAGCGUUCAAGGUGGCACUAUCGUCCUACUAGGCGGCAUGAACGGGGAAGGGAAAACAAGGGAGUUCCUCAGGAGCCUCUUCAACAUCGAUCUGGAACCGGCAGGGUUUUUCUCCUACGAUGAUGCGGAGAGCAUUCCACAUCAGACACAUGACAUUUACGAUACGCCACCGUACGAAGAAGACGAAGGGAUCGACGAACUCCUACUACCAGAAAAUAUGCCUAAGGAGCUUCGGCGGCCAGUGGCACUGGUCGAAGAUCCAGAUAGCGGGACGGAAAAGGAGGGCCCGAGCAACAAUAAGGUGGAAGCGGUAUGGACUCCUUGGCACGGCUGGCCUUUUGCUCCAUAUUGUAGGCCAGGCUCCGCGGAGAAUUCGUGCGAGGGGGCAACCAAUGCUUUUUUCUACCGCGGACAGGGAGAGUCAGGUGGCCAUGAAGUCAUCAAUCGUUCGACAAUAUCCGAAGUGGUUUUAGGUUUCCUCGAGGUAGCACCAUCGGCUUCCGAAGGAGUAUGCACUGCAGAGCACCAGAAAUUGAACCUCACUUGCUCCGUUGCUCUUUCACGCCUGGGGGCACAGCAAGAUUUCAUACACGAGAUGAGUUCAACGCUAUUGGAUGAAGACGGUUUGAUGGAUACUGAACGUCUUCGGCGUUUCCUGCGGGGAACCAAGGUGGAACACACACAAAAUAUCGGAGAGCCGACUGAAGAGAUUAUCGACGAACAGACAGAGACCUCUAGAGAUGCACUUUUGCGUCACGCCCUCUUGUACCCCACGAAGGGCGAAAUCAUCCUGAGGACGUCGCCGGUGGAUGAGCAUAUCACCGUCCAGAAUGCCAAACUGACUUACAAGUUUCUAUCCUAUCCCCUUCCCGAUUAUGAGGCGCACUCUCUGUACCCUCCCGACGUUCACGUGAGCUCGGGCAAAACAAUGGAUUUGCGGCCUUUAUGGGAUCCACACCGACUAAUUGUCUACAUGCACGAUGUACAACAAAUAAUAACAAACGAAGGCUCCCUGACAUCGUGUUUGAUCACGAGCCACGGGACCCCGGCAUAUCUGUUAGUGAACUUGGUAGAAAGCGGGUUGGGAGAGGUCCUGAGGAGGAACGAGACUGGCGACUACGAGAAUAUUGUUGAGCGUAUCCAUCCGCAAUGGCAGAACAUCUUAAGGUGGGCCAUCCGGCAAGAUCUGUCAGGGCCUACGAAGCUGGACAUUGUCGAGCUGGAGAGAAACGCGGAUGACAUGCAAGAAUGGGUUCGACUGAUGCAUCGUUACGCUAGUAUGGUCCUGACUGCGAACACUCUCGGCAUCCGUGGGGAACGCGAGAGGGCGCUAGAUUUUCUUCGAAUGGGUAUCGAGAAACUUCUUGGCGCUCAGUUCGAAAACGUGCUUCUAUAUGACACAACUUGGGCGGGCGUCACCGGGUCCGAGCUGGCAAGCGCCUGCCCGGCACUACGGAACAGUGCCGUAGAAGCUGGGGCAGGUCUGUUCUACGGCACGCACGCCUUCCUAGGUUACAUUGUCCACAUGGCUGCAGUAGUUGCAAAGUUUGAUGCGGGGUGGCUAAACAAACGCCUACGUAUCAACACUCCUUAUGGCAUGAAAAAUCCGAAACUUCACCACGCGAUCCUUGGGUUGAUCCGCAGCUUUGCCACGCCGUCCUUCCUUCGUACAUACCAGGACUCCUCCGUUGCGGCGAGACUUCAGCAGUUUUUUGUGACUGCAAGACACAAAGAUUGGUGGUUCCUGAAUUCCUACAGUAGUGGCAUUCAGCAACCCGACGCCUUGGGUCCGCAUCAAGAGAGCAGCAGCGAGGCGGCCUUCGCGUAUUGGGCUGUUGCUAUGUACGCCAAGGUGACUGGAGAUCAGCAACUCGAGCAGUGGGGUAGGGUGUUGGCAGCAACAGAAAUCUACGCGGCUAAUGCAUAUAUUCACCUCAAAGAAUGGAACGAGAUCUACCCCCCCGCAGUACGGUAUCUUGGAGCCAUUGGGAGACGUCAUGAGACGGCUGCGGUCUUUAACACCAUUGAAGGCAACGAACCAUUCAAGAUAUUCAGCAAGCAGGUCGUUCCGUUGACCCCUUUCUCUUUCGAGGUGAUAGAUUCCGGCUGGGCUCUCUGGAUGACCGAGCGCUGGCGAAGAGCAUGUGUUCAAAAUGUAUCGAAGUGUUUCAAGGAAUUCGGUGACAUUGGUCUCACACACAUGUCACUCUUCACGCAAAAAUGGACGGCCGAGCACGGCCCAGAAGGCGUUGAUACAGAGAUGACCAUUUUGAGCGAGAUCGAGCAUGCCACUCAACAGGUGCUGCAUAUCAACUGCUUUCAGAUCAAAAGCUUUGACUGCGGGGUCCACACACUAUCAAAUGCACUUCUGUUCGUUGCCGUCGCGCAUGCGCUAGGAGGGGCGUCGACUAUCCUAGACGUGGAGGAUGGCAACGGCCGGUAUAGGAUAUACUAA